GUUUAAGUAGCCGAGAAGAGAGGGCUGACCCAGCCUCGUACAAACGCUGCGCGCCAAUUUUAAUUAGAGUUUAUUUCUGUCCUGUGUGGCUUUUACGACACAACUUUUGCAAAACCCACCAAAACUUUUUUUUGCAGACCUGGUUUUUUUUAGUCAUCUGUGCUUUCUUCUUCUUUAGGGUUUUGUCUUUUUAACGUUCAUACAUACAUACAUACAUUUCUCUUCUUUAUAAUCCAAACGGGGGUCUAUUUUUUUCUCUUGUUCGAUGUCACUUCAAUCCUUCAUACCGUGUGGAAAUUGCUGUGUUUGUGGGUAGAUCGUAGAUGUAAAUUCUGUUGGCAGCGGUUCAAUCUUAACCGAGACGAGAUGGCUCCAGUUAAUGAAACUUGCCCUGCUUCAGCUCACCUAAUCAAUAAAUUAGGUGGUGAAACUGAAGAACAGGACAAAGUUACAAGAAGAACACCACUAUGUGAGAAUGUGACCAGCAAUGGCCAGGCAAAAUGUAAACCCAAUGCUGACUUUGAAGAAGAAACAGAAUCAGUUUUCUGCAGUCCUAAAUGCAAUAAGGAAAAUUGUUUGAGUUCUGUAAAAUUUCACCAUCCAAAACUUUCUACUAGUGUAAAUGAUUAUAAACCCUACACUAGCCUCUCCUACUUAAUUGAUGAGGGCCCAGCUCAACCAGCCACUCCAGAAAAGAAGUGGGACUCAACAGAAUGUCAUGAAGCACCACUCACUCCUACUGCCAACCUGAAAAUGCUCUCAAGUGCUGUUAGUCCUGAGCUAAGGCGGCGGGACUUAUUGCAAGAGGAGAAAACUAACAGGCAUCUAUUGUCUCAGUGUGAUUGCAGUCAGCCAGAGUCUCCUCAUGGACUCCUCAAAGAGAAUAAUUUCAUCCAAGAUACUGAUUCGGGGAAAAUGUUCACCACUGGUUCCCGAAAAGAGAAAUCUCUUGGACUUUUAUGCCAAAAAUUUUUAGCCAAAUAUCCCAAUUAUCCUGAUCAAAAUGCUGGUAUUGAUAUAUCACUGGAUGAAGUCGCGCGUGAUCUAUCUGUUGGCCGGCGUCGAAUCUAUGACAUCGUUAAUGUGCUGGAGAGUGUGGAAAUAGUCAGUAGGGUGGCCAAAAAUAAAUAUGCAUGGCAUGGAAAGACAAAUUUGUGUACAACACUCGCCAAACUAAAGGCCUUAGCUGAGCAAGAGGGUUUUCGAGAACAAAUGAAUCGACUGAAAGAAUAUGAACUAAAGAAAGAAUUAGUUGAUAAUUCUCGCUCUUAUUCAUCAACAAAUGACUUGGAUAACUUCUCUGAAUCUGAUCAAGAUAUCUCAAAUUUAUCCAACAUACCCAAGUUUCUAGAAAAGUCAUUAGGUAUCAUGAGCCAGAAAUUUUUGAUGUUGUUUCUAGUUUUAAAGCCCAAAACAGUAAAUCUCGAUUUGGCAGCAAAAAUCCUGAUUGGUAACAUGACGGUAGAUAAAACUGAAAAUUCUAAAUUCAAAACAAAAAUUCGCCGUCUUUAUGAUAUCGCUAACAUCUUGACUAGUUUAGGGUUAAUCCGUAAAAUUCACGUCACAGAGAUCCGGGGUAGGAAGCCAGCAUUCAAGUAUAUCGGGCCUGAAGUAGACAGUUCAACUGACAUCAGUACUUGUAGCACUGAUGGAUGUCACAGACCAAGUUCCAGGCAUUCUUUGCUUGACUGUGUCAAAAAUCAAAAAAUUGCUAAUAUUCUCAACAACAAACCUGGAAAAUCAGGACUUCAGGGUGACAGUCCCUUGACAUCACAAGAUGAUUUAUUCUGUCAUGGCGCCAUCACAUCAAAGAAGUCCUUCUCUCGUCAUUCAUCUUUUGAUAGUAUUUGUGAAGUGGCUGAGAAAGAACGAACGAAAUUGUUUUCUCAGCCUUCAACGCCACUGAAGGAAAAUAAGGCUGAGUGGUGCCAGUCCAUUCAGCAAAGGAAAGAAAGUAGUGCCCAGCAUAUAAUCUUUGUACAGAAGGGAAAUGAGAUACAUGGAUAUCAUGUUCUUCCAAAUGCCAGUCAUUCUGCCCCUGUUUCUAAGCCUGUAAAUGCUUCUUGCAGUGAGGGGUCUGCUGCUAGUACAGCUAUUUCAGAGGUUAGCAUUCCCAUUCUAGGUAAUACAACCGCUUCAACUUGUGCAUCAAAAAUCUCGCAGAGCUCAUCUGCCCCGGCAGCUCCUAAGAUGCUUAGUCCCAGAAUAGAAUGUUCUCAUUCUUUAAUUAAGCAUUCCACAAACAGCAAUCUGACAGCUAAACAAAUGGAAGCAGUUUUAAAAUCUUUGAAAGAUCCAAUUCCAGUCGCCUCUAAUUUACCCACGUCAUUAGUGGAUGCCUCGACUCAGUCUUCCCCUUCAGCGGACCAGUCAGAAAAGCAUGCCGUUUCAGAGAAUUUAAAACCAACAGACACCUCCUUGCCAGGCGAGCCACUUUUGAAAAAGCGGCGAGUUCAGGAAAAUUAUAAAGACGACAAUGAAACUGCUGAUCUUCAGAAGAGUCCUUCAGGCAGUUCUGAGAGUAGCAAACGACAAUCUCCCAACAGAGCUUUACAUUUAGAGCCAGAAUUUCAAGCUACUAAAUAUUCUGACUCAGACUGUCCCAUUGUUAUUCCUGACGAUGACCUUGCUAUACCUCUCAUUCCUGUUCAUGAAUCCGAAGACAAGUCUUCCAAGGCUGUGUUACCGGCAGCUGCAGCUACUGCUGCUGCUGCUGUUUCUACUACACCUAAAGGUGGGUGUGGCUGCAACUGCUGUAUGAACAAACAUUCCAUGUGCAAUGUUCAGCCAACCACACCAAAGCUCAUGCAUAUCUCCAACCAAACCUCUUCUGUUGUACAGCUCCCUCUGUUAGCUGUGGCUAGUGUUACUGCCAGUCCUGCUGGAGUAACCAAUAGCUUUGCUUAUGCCAAUACUGACAUGACCCCAACACUUGCCAGCAUCUCUGCAAGAGCUGUGAAAGUGCACCAGCUUUCCAGUCCCCAUAUUGUCAUGCCCGUAACAUUUACUUCGUCUCCUGUAUCUAACAUUGCCAUCUCUGACAAUCCACAGUCAAGUCCAACUUUAGUUGCCUUCCCUGUCUCCCAGCCCACCAUGACAUUGGCCCCAGUUCAGUUGGUGCAAUCUACAAGUAACAAUAGUAAUUCACAUUUGAAAACUCCCACACCAAUGACUCUUCCGAACCAAGUAACAACCCCUAACAGCCAGAUCUUUUUCCCGUCUCCCUGUACAUUAUUUGACGACUUAACAUUUGCCACACCCAACUCUUUCUUCCGCAAUACACCAAACCCCAACUUAGAUCCUUCGUCUUCUCAUUCUAAUUUGAUGUCUGACUUAAAACGUUUCAAACCCCAGCUCCUGACACAAGAUAAACCCCAAGUUUGUACUAGCAGUGCAGCUCGACGACUUAAUUUAAUUGAGUCUCCAUAAUCUCUAUUUUUGCUUCUUCUUUUUCAUUUUCCAUUUCUACAGGGGAUCUUGUUAUGGGCUAUGUUUAUGUAUAUAAACCCCAUCAGUGAAGAGUAAAUGCAAUAUUAACUCUUUAACUGUUUGGAACAUGUGAUAUCAUAAAUAUCAUUUUAUCAGUCACUUUUAUAUUCUCCUUUUGCCUUGAGGUCAGCCAUUAAAGAAAGAAUUUCCUGGUAUUUAUCAUUCCAGAUGUCUCAAAAGAAUGAAGUAUAUCCAAAGUUAAUUUAUAUUUUUUUAUUACCUAAUAAUAUUUUAUUUGAAUGUUAUAAUCUACUGCCAAGCUGCUUUCUAAAAGACCUUUUAGCUGGGAUUUUAAAAAAUGUGAAUUUAAGGAGUAUUUUCUUCAGCAAUUCUUACAAUAUUUGCUACCACUGUCCUCAGUCAGACAGGUGCAAUACUUAUAUAUAUAUAUAUAAUAUAUAUAUAUAUAUAUAUAUAUAUAAGUUACUUUUAAAUUGUUGGCCAAUGAAAGGAAAUAACUGUCUUGUAUUCCUGUUCAGCUGAGCACUUUACACUGUUGUUACUGCUGAGCAGUGUUCUGUAAUUAAGGUUAUGAUGCUAAAGUUAACAGCGAAAUGUGGGUUGUUUUCUAAAAGUUGUAUGCACCAGAUAAUUAGUGUCAUCACUUUAAAUUUACUGUUGAGUUAGAUUGACUUAGUGUAGUAGAUGUGUUCUGGUUUCUCAAAUCUAACUUGCAGAUUAUAUAUACCCCCAUAUAGACUGUGAUAAGUCGCCUCAUAUUGAGGUUAUUCUCCCUCCUGCUGAUUUUAAUCAUUCUACAUAUAUUUCGUUGAGUAUUAAUGACCGUAGGUUGUUCCAAAGAUAAUUUCCAAACUGAAACAAUAACGAUAUAUUUUAAAGAUCUCAGUCACUAAAUGCAAUUUUUUUUUUUUUUUCUUUACGGUACCAAGAGAAAUUUUCAAUUCUCUGACUAAAUAUACUCAACGGUUUUGUGAACAGUAGAGCUCUUCAAGGGGAUACAACUCUUCAUUAAUGAUACUAUAGGUGUUACCUCCCUUGUAAUGUCCACGUUGCACAUCGCUCUUUGCCAUUAUCAUCAUCGUCAUCUUCAAUUUAUUAUUCCAUUUUUCUUUUCACCAGUUCGCUUUUGUCGUUAAUUCCGCCCCCUAAUCCAAUUUGAAUAUCUAUCUUGCCGUUUCCCCAGAGAAGUAAUUUCACAAAGACAUAUAUUUUUAAGCAUCUUCUGUUCUGUUAAGGCAACCAAAUCAAUCAGUAUUUAUUUAUAAGAGAUAUUUUUAUAUAAAAUAUUGUUACCCACUAUUUUUUUUUUUUUCCUUCCCCUUUACUAUCCAGAACGUGGUUAAAUGCGGAGAUCGCAUCCACCCUUUACUUGUUUGUGGAUUUUCUGACAUGUUCUUUGUGAUAACAAACUCGUUUUAAUUCUCUUUUUUCAAAAGAGUCUUAUAGUCAAACAGCUUGCACAAGAUCUAGAUGUGUGUAUAUAUAUAUAUACAUAUAUAUAUAUAUAUACUCAAAUCAUUUCAAAAGAUCCAUUUGUAUACAUUCCCCCCUCCUCUCCCUUCCCUUCAUUAACCUAAAGAGAACUAUUAUUUUUUUACACCCAUCUCCAUUAAAAAGUAUCACUGAUGGUUGGUUCCAGCCAAAAGUGUUUCUGUAUCUUGCAUUAAGUUGACUUAAGAGAUUCUGUGAUAAGGGAAAAAUUUAAACAUAUAGAUGUGUUACAUAAAUAUGUAUAAUAUAUAUAUAUACAUAUUAUGCAUAUAUGAAUAUAUAUAUCCAUCUUGUUUUGUCUACUUCAUAUUUGUGAUGUCAACUCCUCAUUUUCACUGAUACUCAUGCAAUUAUUUAUAAAUAUAGCAGCAAAUUCUUUUUUAAAAAAUCAAAUUCAAAAAACUAUAUUUUAUUUUAAUAAAUUCUAUGCUGCAAAAUUUUGUGAAUUCUUAUUGAAAUAAAAUACAUCAACUUUA